CGGAAAUGUUUUAGUGCAACACACAACAUACCGUGUGCGACAUGUGUACGUCAAAACAAAACUGUCUGUGUCCUCUAAACCAGCUACUUUUUUCUUUGAAGGGCUCUUUUCCGUGACAAUUCUUCAUAUUUCCAUGCUCCUGAGGGCAGACUCCCCGCAGUCACCUAUUUGUUUCUGAAUCAUGAGUGGCUCCAAGCCUGAUAUCCUGUGGUCCCCCCACCACCCGGACCGCUAUGUCAUCUGUGACUCUGAACUGGGACUGUACCGUAUCGGACCAGUGGGCAGCGCAGAAACAAAGCCUGGCACACUCUCCCUGUCAGAAGAAACAGCUGCUACUUUACUAGCCAUUAACUCUGACACUCCAUACAUGAAAUGUGUGGCCUGGUACCCGAAGCAGGAACCCGAGUGUUUACUUGCUGUUGGUCAAGCAAAUGGGAGAGUUGUGCUCACCAGUUUGGGCCAGAGCCACAACUCCACAUUCAAAGACCUGGUGGGGAAAGAAUUUGUGCCCAAACAUGCGCGUCAAUGCAACACUUUAGCGUGGAACCCCGUGGACAGUAAUUUUCUGGCUGCUGGGUUGGACAAACACCGGGCAGAUUUCUCUGUCCUAAUAUGGGAUAUCAGCAGUAAGUUUGCACCAGAGACCAGUGUAGCAGCGGAGAAAAUUCGCCUCUCAUCUGUGGAUUUGGACUCGAGCACAGUGGUGACCAAGCCAUUGUAUGAGCUGGGCCAGAAUGAUGCCUGCUUGUCCCUCUGCUGGCUGCUUCGCGACCCAAAGCUGCUUCUGGCUGGCAUGCACAGGAACCUUGCGAUAUUCGACCUGAGAAACACAAGCCAGAAAACAUUUGUCAACACUAAGGCCAUCCAAGGAGUGACCGUUGACCCCCACUUCCCUGACCGUGUGGCCUCCUUCUUCGAGGGGCAGGUGGCUAUUUGGGACCUGAGGAAGUUUGAAAAGCCUGUGCUCACACUUACGGAGCAGCCCAAACCACUCACAAAGGUGGCUUGGUGUCCAACUCGCACCGGCCUGCUGGCCACAUUGACACGUGACAGCAACAUCAUCCGCCUCUACGACAUGCAACACACUCCCACACCCAUCGGCGAUGAGACGGAGCCCACCAUCAUAGAACGAAGCGUCAAGCCUUGUGAGAGCCAGAUCGGGAGCUUUGCCUGGCACCCCUCCUCUCAGAACCGCAUGGUGGUGGUGUCGGCCACCAAUCGCGUCAUGACUGACUUCACGGUGUUUGAGCGCAUCUCUCUGGCCUGGAGCUCCACCACCUCGCUCAUGUGGGCCUGUGGGAGACACUUGUACGACUGUGUCGAGGAUUCGGCUGAAGGAGUGGACAGCGCGAUUGAGAAAGACAUUGCAACGAAGAUGAGGGAGAGGGCUCAGUCCAGAUACGGACAUGACACCGUCCAGGUCUGGAGGAACCACCUGCUGGCGGGAGGGAGCGACCCCCAGCUCAAGUCCUUAUGGUAUAAUCUGUUCUAUAUGAAACAGUGUGCAGAGGAUGUGGAUCUUAAACUGCAGGGCAACAAACAGACUUUGGUUUAUUCUGGAAUCAAGAACAUUGUGAAGACCAGCUCAGGCACGACGGAGAGCCGCCGGUGUUGGAGCGGCUCCGACCGGCAGACAGAUGUGCUGUGGUAUCACAGUGAAGAGCGCUGCCUUGCCCUGCGGCUCUGCGGCUGGAUCAGCCGGGGGUCCGACAUCGAUGUGGAGACCUUCCUGCGUUCCCUGGAGCAGGAGCAGGAGUGGGAGCGGGCAGCCGCCAUCGCUCUGUUCAACCUGGACAUCCGCCGGGCAAUCCUGAUUCUCAACAAGGGAGCUACAACUGACAAGGGUGACCUGAACCUGAAUGUGGUUGCCAUGGCUCUGUCGGGAUACACGGACGAGAAGUCGUCCCUGUGGAGGGAGAUGUGCAGCUCUCUGCGGCUGCAGCUGAAGAACCCCUACCUCUGCAUCAUGUUUGCCUUUCUCACCAGUGAGCCUGGAGCCUACGAUGGCGUGCUGUACGAGAACAGCGUCGCUGUGCAAGACCGAGUAGCUUUUGCCUGUAUGUUUCUGAGCGAUGCACAGCUUCCACGAUACAUCGACAAACUGACCAGCGAGAUGAAAGAGUCUGGGAACCUGGAGGGCAUCCUGCUGACGGGACUGACUAAAGAUGGCGUGGACCUUAUGGAGAGCUACGUGGACCGGACUGGAGACGUCCAGACAGCCAGCUUCUGCAUGCUGAAGGGAUCCCCAGGCGAAGUGUUAAAAGACCCCCGAGUCCAAUGCUGGAUAGAAAACUACCGCAACCUCCUGGAUGCAUGGAGGUUCUGGCACAAACGGGCCGAGUUUGACAUCUUGAGAGGCAAGCUGGAUCCCAGCUCCAAACCACUAGCACAGGUGUUUGUGAGCUGCAACUUCUGCGGGAAGUCCAUCUCCUACAGCUGCUCGGCGAUGCCGCACCAGGGCCGAGGCUUCAGCCAGUACGGUGUCAGCGGCUCGCCCACCAAGUCAAAAGUCACGAGCUGCCCUGGCUGCAGGAAACCACUGCCCCGCUGUACUCUCUGCCUCAUGAACAUGGGCACACCUGUUUCUAAUUGCCCAGGUAAAGAAAGAGGAGCGGGAAAGUCAGAUGAGAAACUGGAUUUGACGAGGGAGAACAAACUCGCAAAGUUCAACAACUGGUUCACGUGGUGUCACAACUGUCGACACGGCGGCCAUGCUGGCCACAUGCUCAGCUGGUUCAGAGACCACACAGAAUGCCCAGUGUCGGCUUGUACGUGUAAAUGCAUGCAGCUGGACACCACGGGGAACCUGGUGCCUUCAGACAGCAGCUAAACAGCAGACGCGUGGUGGAAACUGAAGCCAAACACCAGCCCAAAGCCAACCGGUGCAGGUUCACUGCUGCGCCCGCCUCGCCGACAGCUGGGGACAAAGGCUGCCAGCAGUGUCCCGCUCUGAAGUGGCCGUUUGUAUUUGAAAAGAAAUACUGUCAAGUAAUUCUCUAUUGAAUGUUAUGUAAUAACGGAGCCCUAUAUGAAUAAUGGAAGCAGUCAGGGCUACUGAUCUGACUAACUGCAUUAAUGACAGAAAGGGAGCAAACGCUAACUCACUGCUCUGCUAAUGAAAAUCACACUCAGGAGAAAUAUAAGAGGCCCUGCUGUAAUCAGCCUCUUCUAAUAUAACUUGAAUCAGGAUUCUUGUUUUAUAGUGAUCUGUUCUGGAAAAAGAAAAAAAGAAAAGAAAAAGCAUAACAUGUCCGCUCACACUUCAGGUUGUGAAGAUGUGAUCACAGGUGCCAAUGUGUAUGAAGCAUAUUUUCUGGCUUGUGUUUUAGUAGCUAUUUAACGUCUUUGUUUGUUUUUAUGAAAGGAUCUUCACAUACCUCAUAAAAGUAUUGUUUUCGUGAGAGGGACGGCACCCCUGGGUGACAGUAACAACAGUGUUCGCCUGUGCCUCUCCUCAUCUGGCAUUGCUUGGGAGGGGCUUCCUGUCUGAUGUCGGGUGGGGGGGUGUCUUGAGGGGAAGGAUGAGGAAUUACAGAAGCUGGGGGUGAUUGAGGAAGAGGAGGAGGAGAAGAGUGGGAGGGUGCGCCUGUAUUCACCAGCCCACUCCAGGCCUGUGGUCCAUGAAAGAAGCUCCCCAGAAAACAGCAGCUGCUCGGCACUCUGACAAGACCCUCCAGAUUGUUCCCCUCAUAAAGAACCUCAGCUGCCGGAACACUAUUGACUCAAAGACAAGGCGAGAGAACAGACGGCCUGAGCCCUGCACGCCCCUUCCUACGCCUUGCACAUAUACAGACUGGCCUUCCCUUUCUCCUCCCAACGAUGCCCAAAUCGCGCCCAAAAGCUAUGCAUAACGCACAUCAAUCCAUUUUUUUUUUUUGUUUGGGGUGG